UCAUUUUUACUUUCAUAUGUGGAAACACCCAUCUUGCCAUUAGAUCUGUAGAUAGAAAAAAAUGGAAGAUCAAAGCUAAUACUGUAACACCUUAACAAGUGAAGUCAUUGAUUCGAUGGUAACACAAAUAAAUUAGGCCAUACUGCAUUAUUGGUACAUGCUCAUCACUGGAUCAUGACAAUAUUUCCAAGUUCUAUUUUCUUCUUUCAAUUCGGAGUUGUGUAAAACACAAAAUACUGCUCAUUGAAGUGCUCAAUUACGAACAUCAUCAGACUGAAAUCUGUACUGGUGUAGACAAGUGAAAUGUAUUUUUCCCUUGGAUGGCCUCGGACUCUUUUACUGACCAAUGGAAAAUCUCAGUUGAAAUUUGUUUCCUGCAAUAGAUAUCGGAUGCUAUUUGCAGUGCUGACGGAUGAUACUAUCAGCAUAUGGCACUGCAGACCUUGUGUGGAAAUCGUAUGUUAUCAAAGAUCUCAGUCCUCAGUUACUGCAACUGGAUUCAAUACUAUUGCUGAAUGGAGACACGACAGCAGUAUGCUGGCUGUCGGAACGACAGGUGGUUAUCUUCUAAUUUAUCAAUUGGAACAAGAUGUGAAAUCAGAGAAAGGAAUGAAUUUGUUUGAGUAUAAUCAGAUCAAAUCUCCACAAGGGGAAAACAGUGAUGGCGUUCCUGCUUUACGACUUUGUUUAAAAACCACAAUAGAGUAUGGGUCACCAAUUUUAAGUUUGUCAUGUGUCAGUGAUGAAUUACUCAUUGCCACAAGUAAAGGAGAAGUUGAACUUAUACCAUGGUAUGGACCAAUGAAUACCAGAAAGCUUCUAAAUGUACAAGAUAUGACAUUUGCUGUAGACUUACAUAGUGCAGGAUCAAUGAUUCGCAGCAAAUAUCCAAUUCACAUCAUGCAGCUAACUUACAGCCCUUGUUUGGAGGGUUUCACUGCAGUUUUGAGUGAUGGUCGAGCUGCAUUGUUAUUUAUCACAAAAUCUCCUUCGGAUGAAAAAAGUCAAUCAUCAGAUUGGAAAGCUCAUGGUAUUUGGGCUAAUGGAUUAACUAAAGCUGUUUGCUGUGCUGUAAACAACAGAUACAGACUGAUGGCGUUUGGUACCACAAAAGGAAGUUGUGAAGUAUACAGUAUGGAUGAUGUUUUGGGUUCUUUACAGUUUUCUCAUCAAAUGGCUUUAUCACCGAAGUUUUAUCCAUCAGUAUAUAAAAACACAGGUACAGUCACGGAUAUGCAAUGGACACCAGAUGGAUGUGCUCUGGCAUUGUCAUGGAAACUUGGUGGAUUUUCAAUAUGGAGUGUAUAUGGUGCUUGCCUUGUUUGCACAUUAAGCGCAGAUCAUGCGUUCACAGUUGAUGGUGCUCGUAAACAACAAUCAUUGUUUUAUUCUGUGUGUUGGGGUGCUGAAGGAUAUCAAUUAUGGAUGAUUCAAGAAAAUAUAAAAGUGGAAAAUGCAAAUGCCAAUCAAUCACCAAUCAAUGAAAGUGGAAAUUCAAAUCUAAAUGUACAAAGUAAUAUCUCUUCCUCCAGUGACGAUGGAGGAAUUGCCACUGAAAAAAGACUCUAUUUAAAACCUCGUCCUGAAACCUUGUGUGAAAAAGAGUUUAUCCAAUUCCAGUUUGCCAAAAGUGCACUCACCAUGAAUCCAUGCUCUGGCAAUCAGUCACAUGUAAUAUUACAAUCUGAAGAUAGAAUGUUUGUUAGUUUUGGAGAAAACAGAUAUUCAAAUCUUUUGUCUGGAGUUACUUAUGAUGAAAAGAAAAAGAAAUAUAUAUCAAGAACAUAUUUAAGACCAAAUUCCACUGGAAGAAAUUUUGAAAAAGUUGUUGGUAACAAGCAAUGGACGGUCAUACAGCUGCCUAUUAAUUAUUUAAAUGGGAAUUGGCCAAUUAGGUUUUCUUCAAUUGACAAAACUGGCAAAUUAUUAGCUAUUGCAGGAAAUUUUGGUAUUGCCCAUUACUCACUCAUCACUAGAAAAUGGAAGUUAUUCGGAAAUAUUAUGCAGGAAAAAGAUAUGGUUGUUACAGGUGGUUUAACAUGGUGGGAUGGACUGAUCAUUGUUGCUUGUUACAAUUUAGUUGAAACUCAGGAUGAAAUAAGAAUAUAUCCUCAUAAUACCAACCUGGAUAAUGUAUUUUCAUAUGUUAAACGUGUUAAUUCUCAAGUACUGGUGAUAAAUGUCUACCUUGAUAUGGUGAUAAUAUUCGAUUCAACGUACCAUAUAAAAAUAUACAACAUUAAAAAAGAAGAUAAAGUGGAAUAUUCCAGUGCGUCUCUGACUCUUCUGAAAGAAAUAUCAAUGCAAAGAUAUGUUCCUUAUCCAUCACUUGUUGUAUCGGUAAUGAUGGCAUCACUUCAUAUGGAAAGUUCUGGUCGAAAACAACAACAGCAUUCUGUAAACAGUCAACAAGAAACUGAAGUUUUAAUCAUUAAUGUUGCUGGUCGUCUGCUGUUACUUCAACAUUCUCAAGAUGAGGGGUCAAUCAAAUCUAAAUCAACCGGAAAACAAGAAAUGACUUUUCAACCUCCUAUUGUACUUGCCUCAUCUGUAGAAAAUAUUUGGGCUUCUGAAUAUAAGAACAAUCAGAAAGUUCACCUCACCGAUGCCGUAUGGUUCAGUUGUGGAUCUGCUGGAGUCAGGGUAUGGUUGCCACUGUUCCCUGCUAUGAGAAGAUCUAGAUCAGGUGAUAUCGGAGAACUCGACAUGCAAGCGUUACUGUCAAAAAGAAUAACAUUAACAUUGGAAAUGGAUUCUUGUUAUCCUUUGGCUGUUUUAUUUGAAAAUGCUGUCGUAAUUGGAGUGAAAAAUGAAACUUCUCAUCAUAAACGACAAACAGAUGAGGACGAGAAUGAUUCUCUAUAUUCAUUCCAUUUUUCAACUCUUGAAAGAACUUGUGAAAUAUAUCUUCAUCAGAUAUUGCGUCAAUUGCUUCGUCGUAAUCUUGGAUAUCAUGCUUUACAAAUUGCAUCAUCAUGCAGAUCUUUAUCAUAUUUUCCUCAUGUUCUUGAACUGAUGUUACACAAGGUGCUUGAAGAAGAAGCGACAUCUUCGACACCUAUUCCUGAUCCUUUGUUGCCAACUAUUGUUAAAUUCAUUGCGGAAUUUCCUGAAUAUCAUGAAACUAUCGUACAUUGUGCAAGAAAAACAGAAAUCGCUUUGUGGCAAUAUUUAUUCAAUUCUGUCGGAAAUCCGAAAGAACUGUUUGAGGAUUGUUUAGAAUCUGAUCAGUUGGAAACAGCAGCAUCAUAUCUAAUUAUAUUACAAAACCUGGAAAAACUUUCAUUAGCUCGCCAAGAUGCCAAUCGAUUAUUGACUAAAGCUCUCAGUGCAAGCAUGUGGUCUCUGUCUGCUGAUAUUAUAAGAUUCUUGAGAGCUAUAGGUGAUGGUGACAUCAAUACGACUCCACAAAGACAUCCAGUAUUACUGAACACAAAUAUAUAUCCCGCUGUUGCACCUUCGCCUCAUCAUGCUAUGGAUGAUACUGGAUUUGGGGACACGGAACGAGAAACUACUUCCAAGCCUAAAGACACUGUAACAAGACAUGGUCGAACUUACAGCAAUUAUUAUGAACUUUAUCCACAAAAAACAAGCACAACAUCACAAACCACGGAUCAUUCAUCGUCUUAUCAUCCUUAUGUACCUCAUUAUCCGUUGAACUCAUACCAACGCCGACGUCAGUUACAAUCUUCACUCAGUCAUCCUGCCACAACAGAAGUUACAAGACAUGAUGCAACAAAGUUAUCACCGAUAAACGAACAAAAUAUGACACCUGAAUGUGCUGAACAUUAUUUCAUUGAUAUAAUAUUAUCAAGACAGGCUCGUCAACUCCUCUGCGAUAAAAAUUUGUUUGAAUUAGCAACAUUUGCAGCAUACAUGGAGUUUGAUUUAAUACCUUGGUUACAAAAAGAACGAUGCCGAGCCGCAAGGAUCCUUGAUGCGGUACAAUGUUUAACGGCAGUUCACACGAAUUUCAAAUGGCCUUAUCCAGCUAUUAUGAAAUUGGAUCGUAAUGAUGCCAGUCCUAUUAACAAAUCAUUCAACCAAGGAAAUGGAAAUGAGAUGAUAAGGGGAACAAUUUCAGCUGAUCGUUUAUCAAGAAACAGUGCGUAUUCAUCAAACAGUGACUUGCUUACUGUACUUUCAAUUUCGGACAAUGCAAAUCGAAAAUAUUCAAUGGAUAAUUAUGAUGUAUCAGAAACAAGUUCAUUGAACGAUGAUGACAUAUGCAGUUCAGUAUUAGAAGGAAUAUAUGAAAGUUAUGUUUUGGAUAGGAGCGCACAAUCUCCACAAACCAGAGAGCAAUUGAUAUACAUAUUUAACGUUAUGUUGAAGUCUGGUUGCAUUGAAUGGGCUAUUAUAUUAUCAAUAGUACUCCAUGAUACGGAAAGAUCAAUAAAAGUUAUCAAUAUGAUAAGAGAAGAUAAGGAUUUAAAACUUGAUAUUCUACAACGGGCUCGUGAUUGUGUCACACAAAUAAAUAAGUGGGCUUGUGAUGAAUGUAAUCAAUAUGAACAAGUAUUAUCAGCAAUGCAAGAGCAGUUUAACGCUCUAAAUGAAUUGGUAAAUGAACGAGAGAUUGAAUAUGCCGAACAACAAGCUGUAAUUGCUCAACAGACUAGAUCGACUUCAGAGAUGUCGGACAGAAUCAUACCUAGAUCGAGGCAUAUAUCACGUGAAGAUACACCAUCUACAGCGGCAAAAGAAAAUUUGACGAAUGAAAACAAUUCUUUAGACGAAGUUUUUACAGUGAAAGAACUCGAUGUCAGCAAGUCCUCUCCAAAAGAACAACAACAACAGCAUACUCAAGUUUCAAGUGAUAGUACAUCCAAGUCCACGCCAGUGGAAUCUGAAGAUAGUUCCGAGAGUGAGGAAGUUGAAGAGUCGUGUUCUAUAUCAUAGUGUGCAAUGAUGCGUUUUAUUUAUUUUCGAAAAUAUGGUGUGAUGAUAUACCUGUGAGGAAAACGGAGGCUUCAGUAGGUACUGCCGGCUUUCAAGUUGACCGAGCUUCGUUGGCGGAUGCUAGAAUGAAAUUACACAGGGACCAGCUUGCCAGGAGAUAACAUAUAUGCAGCAGUCUGGUUACUGAAUUUUAUGAAUGAUUGGGUGAUUUUAGAGAGUUGAAAUAAAUACUCACAUUUGAGUGUUACCAACUUGUGUGCCAUACCAUAUCAUAAUCGGAUAGUGCCACGUCGCGGUGAUUGUACUUUACUCUAAUUUUGUUAUAAUAUCUUGGUCUGCUAGAUUCUCUUGUAGAAAGAAUCCAACUUUGUUGCUGCUUGAAAAUUAUAUUAAAAGUAUAUUAUUGUUUUAAUAAAAUCGCCAAAUUUUUAUAUUUUUUGCUUUUAAAAAUUAUCAGAUGUGCAAGAAUCUGUGUACACUUUUA